AUGGCUCGAAUACCUGCCAUGUUUGGAGCGAGCAUCCUCGCAGGCAUAGCUUACAUCCAAUACCAAGCCGCCCAGGCUGGAACUUAUACCUUAAACGUUCUGAAGAAGGCCGGAGAUGCUGUCGCAGAGACCUCGUCAAAUAUGUUCGAAGGUGCGAAGGGAAUUGUCAAUCAAAUUGGAGUGGGUUGGGAACGGACGAAGGAGGAGGCGCAUCUACCGGAGUGGCUUCAGCAAUUUUUCGAUAAGGGAGAAGAGUCUGGCGAAGGAGGGUCUGAACCACAAGCUCCUAGGCCAAGUAAAGCCGCUGUAGGAGCUGCAGCAGCUUCAGGCGCCGCAAUAGGAGUGGAAGGAUCAAGCGAAGACGAUGAGCAGUCGGGUGCAGAGAUGGCAAGAGAUGAUCAAAUGAUGGUAUUGACGAGAAAGAUGAUUGAGAUUCGAGGCAUUCUCAAUACGAUUGGCCAAGGAGGGGCUUUGACGCUGCCAUCUAUCGUGGUUAUUGGAUCGCAAUCAUCUGGGAAAAGCUCGGUUCUUGAGGCAAUUGUCGGGCACGAAUUCUUGCCCAAAGGCUCUAACAUGGUCACUAGACGCCCGAUCGAACUCACUCUCGUCAACACCCCUGAUGCAAAAGCCGAGUACGGCGAGUUCCCUGCUCUUGGAAUGGGCAAAAUCACAGACUUUUCGCAAAUCCAAAAAAUCCUAACGGACCUCAACCUGGCUGUUCCCCCCGAGCAAUGUGUUAGCGACGACCCCAUCCAAUUGUCCGUUUACUCUCCAAACGUUCCAGAUUUAUCCCUGAUUGAUCUGCCGGGCUAUAUCCAAGUAUCAGGCAAAGACCAACCUUCUGAGCUGAAGCAGAAGAUCUCCGAUCUGUGUGACAAAUACAUCCAACCCCCCAAUGUCAUCCUAGCCAUCUCUGCCGCGGACGUAGACUUGGCCAAUUCCACUGCUCUCAGGGCAAGUCGAAGGGUUGAUCCUCGAGGCGAGAGAACGAUUGGUGUCAUUACAAAAAUGGACCUGGUCGACCCCCGUCGAGGCGUUGAAAUCUUGUCAGACAGAAAAUAUCCUCUGAGGCUAGGUUAUGUUGGCGUGGUUUGUAAGAUACCACAAUCGGCAGGUCUUUUCUCCAGACCUGGCGCCAGUGUGACAAAUGCCAUCAUCAAGAACGAGAACGCAUACUUCUCAUCACAUCCGCUACAAUUUGGUCCACAAUCAGAACUCGCUGUUGGCACAACCACGCUACGACACAAGCUCAUGCAUGUUCUCGAACAAACAAUGGCGGCGAGCCUUGCUGGAACGAGAGACGCCAUCGUGCAGGAGCUGGAAGAAGCAACAUAUGAGUUCAAAGUACAAUAUAACGACAGACCGCUUAGUGCUGAAUCGUACUUGGCCGAAAGCUUGGACAGCUUCAAACAUUCGUUCAAGGAGUUCAGCGAGCACUUCGGCAGAGCUCAAGUUAGGGCCUUGUUGAAAGAUGUCCUUGAUCAGAAAGUGAUGGACGUGCUGGCUAAACGAUACUGGAAUAAACCAGUAGAGGAUCUGUCGCCUGUUCAGCCUGAAGCAGAUCCCUUAUCGGAGUUGCCCAAAGCUGAACCAGGAUCGUUGUACUGGCUACGCAAACUGGACGCCUCGACUUCGGAGCUGACCAAACUUGGUGUCGGGAGACUGGCGACGACGGUGGUGGCGGCUGAACUGCAGAGCCAUGUUGACAAGCUGAUAGCCGCUUCCACGUUUGCUUCCCAUCCUUAUGCUCAGCGGUCAAUUGUCGAUGCCUCGUCGAGCAUAUUGAACGACCGAUUCUACAGCACGAGUGAUCAGGUCGAGAAUUGCAUCAAACCAUUCAAAUUCGAGAUCGAAGUGGAGCCGAAUGAAUGGAGCAAGGGACGCGAAAAUGUGGGCCAUGUGUUGAAGAAUGAGCUGAAAGCUUGCGAAGCUGCGCAGAGGCAAUUGGAAGACAGCAUCGGCAAAAGAAAACUUAGAGAUGUGAUGGGCUUCAUCGACCGAGUGAGGAAAGGAGAAAUUGUCCUGGAAGGAGAUGGGUCCGGCGGUGCAGGUGGCUUUUCGGCAGCCCUUCUUCAAAAAGGUCGAGAAGCCGUUUUCCUCCGCGACCGUGCCGACAUCAUCAAGAUGCGCCUCAUGGCCGUCAAAUCUAAACAAUGCGCCAACCCCAAAAACAAAUACUACUGCCCCGAAGUCUUCCUGGACGUGGUCGCUGACAAAUUGACUUCGACGGCCGUGCUCUUCCUCAAUGUUGAACUCCUCUCUGAAUUUUACUACAAUUUCCCCCGCGAGUUGGAUUUGAGACUUGGUCGACAUCUGGAGCCGAGCGAAAUCGAGCAAUUCGCGAGAGAAGACCCUAAGGUCAGAAGGCAUCUCGAUGUCAUCAAGCGGAAGGAGAUGCUAGAGUUGGUGUUGGAGAAGAUUGAGAGCUUGAGGCAAUUGGAGGGUCGGACGAAGACGCAACAAGCGAAAGCGUCGCUGGUCAAGGAGAGAGGGCGGUGGAGUCUGUUUUGA